AGAGAGAAAAAAAAAAAAAAAGUUUUAAAAUACCAGAGAAAUAACCUUUUCGAUUCUGUAUUCCUGGAGCAACAUGUUAGUUGAAGAUGUGGGGCCCAAAGAAAUAUCCAAGUGAGAAAGCUACAUUCACUCCAUUCAGGCAAAAUCUGGUUGGAGAGGAAAACUGUUCCCAUGAUUAGCGAACUUCCCCCAGCAAGCCUGUAGGUGGGUGUGUUUAACAGAAGGAAGCAAUGGGAACCGGCCUGUCAGCCAGCCUUUAGAGCUAAUUAGCUCAGCAUACAACAAAGAUAAGUGAGCCUGGGAGGAGGGCCCCCUGAGGGGUCUUUAGAUUCUGGGAAAUGGCUGAUUGGCAGAUGUUAAAAGGGAUUUUUUGGUAAUCCUGUGCAUCAAUGAGCUGCACAAAUUCAGUCCAGGACUGCAAGAAUUCAGGCAUGAGGACACAGCGCUGCAGACUCGUACAGCCAGACCCAAGAUGGACAGAACCUUGGAAUCCCUGAGAGACAUCAUCGCCCAAGUCUUGCCUCACAGAGACCCCGCUCUGGUCUUCAAAGAUUUAAAUGUUGUGUCAAUGUUACAGGAGUUUUGGGAAAGCAAGCAGCAGCAGAGGGCUUCGUUCCCAAGUGAAGGCCUGGUGGUCUAUGAGUCGCUACCAUCCCCUGGACCUCCCUUUGUGAGUUAUGUCACCCUCCCAGGGGGAAGCUGUUUUGGCAACUUUCAGUGCUGCCUAAGUAGAGCAGAGGCCAGACGGGAUGCAGCUAAAGUGGCUCUAAUCAACUCCCUCUUCAACGAGCUGCCCUCUCGCAGGAUCACCAAGGAAUUCAUUAUGGAGAGUGUGCAGGAAGCCGUUGCUUCCACCAGUGGUACCCUAGAUGAUGCUGAUGACCCCAGUACCAGCAUUGGAGCCUAUCACUACAUGCUGGAGUCAAACAUGGGGAAGACCAUGUUAGAGUUUCAGGAACUGAUGACCAUUUUCCAGCUCUUGCACUGGAAUGGCAGCCUUAAAGCUCUUCGUGAAACAAAGUGUUCCCGACAGGAAGUCAUCUCCUAUUAUUCCCAGUAUUCCCUAGAUGAAAAAAUGCGCAGUCACAUGGCCCUGGAUUGGAUUACAAAGGAGCGAGAAUCACCAGGAAUUCUCUCGCAAGAGCUACGAAUGGCCCUGAGAGAGUUGGAGGAAGCAAGGAAAGCAGGACAAGAACUGAGAUUUUACAAAGAAAAGAAAGAAAUCCUGAGUUUAGCCCUGACUCAGAUCUACAGUGACCCUGACGCUUCUUCCCCCAGUGAUGACCAGCUGAGCCUCACUGCCCUUUGUGGCUAUCACUAGUCCAGCAAUGGCUGGACUAAACGUUAAGAAAUCCUGGAAGGAGGACACUAGGGGGGGUCAGCACCUGUAGGUUCUAAUUUUCCCCUCCCUUUUUAUUCACAGAAUCUGAGUGUAGUAGGACCCCCUACAGUACCCAGUAUCCCACUCAGUGCAAUUCUCCCUUCAUCAAGCUGUCAGUAGUUCCACCUGAGACUGAAAGAAUGAGAAAGAAUUGUUUGAACAUUAAUUUUAAUGCCUGGUCUAACGUAGAGUUUAGAUGAUAUGUAUUGUGUUAGAUUAUAUAUGUAGUUUCAAAGAAUGGGUCAAUAUAGCAUCCCCUAAGAGAAUAUCAGCUAGGACUUUGGAAAGUCAUAAGAGAACAUUUAAAAAAGUAACUGGUAUUAAAUAAAAAUAAGGAUUUUUUUUUUUUAAUAUCCAAGAGUUAGAGUUUCUUCCUAACCUAUGUAAGCUGAAACAUAGCUUACAUUCUACUAGGCACAAUCCAAAAUUAUAGGAUAGGUAUUUUUUUUUUCCUGGUUCUCCUAGCCCCCCACCAAAGAUCUAAAAUUUUUAUAUCAGUAGUAUAAAAACACAAGUAAAUUUAAUGUGACUUAAAAUGCCAUGGUAAUAAUGAUUUUUUAAAAAGCAACACUUUUCCAAAUGGAAAUGAAUGUCAUCUGGAAUAGCA